GCGCUGCAAGAUCUGCAGGUCGUCAGGGGGAGAAACCCCUCGUGUGGCGGUCUAACGCUCUAAUGCCCGAGGUCUUGCCAUGGUCCCUGAGGUUCCUGAGGCUUCUCUGGUUCCUGUUCCCUCUACGAAUACUGACGGAUACUUCUCACAUUCCUCCCGACAAGCCCGAAUACUUUCCCCCCCCCUCCCAAACAUGCCGGCGAGCGACCGUCUGGACCGGGUCUUCGCCGCCCUGCUGGCACGCCGCGAAUCCAAGAGCCAGCUCCGGAAACUGACCCUCGUCCCGCCCGGCGCCGCCGACUUCUCGUCCAACGCCUAUCUCUCCCUUUCGACCCACCCGGAUAUCCGGCGCCGCUUCCUCGCCCGGAUCGAGGCCCACCUCGGCUCCUCCUCCGAGACGCCGCCACCCAAUGGCGGGCGGCACGACAGGGUCGUAAGCGGCACACCCCUCCUCGGCUCCGGCGGCUCGCGUCUGCUCGACGGCAACGCGCCCCUCGCCGAGUCGCUUGAGAGGGACGUCGCCGCCUUCCACCGCGGCGCGGCUGGCCUGCUCUUCAACUCGGGCUUCGAUGCCAACGUUGGCCUCUUUAGCUGCGCGCCCCAGCCAGGAGACGUCAUCGUCUAUGACGAGCUCAUCCACGCGAGCGUGCACGACGGCAUGAGGCUGAGCCGCGCCGCAAAGAAGAUCGCCUUUGCGCACAACGCCGUCGACCCCGCGGAAGCCCGGCGGUGGCCACGGAGCCUGAGCGAGGUGCUCUCGGCGUUGACCGACGGCGACGAGGGCCGAGAGGUGAGGGAAGGCUCGCGACGCGUCUUUGUUGCUGUCGAGGGGGUCUACAGCAUGGAUGGCGACGUGGCGCCCUUGAAGGAGGUUGUCGAGUGCGUCGAACGGCAUCUGCCCCAUGGGAACGGUCUCAUCAUCGUCGACGAAGCCCACUCGACAGGCUUGCUUGGCGAGAGAGGCCGGGGGCUGGUGUGCGAGCUGGGCCUCGAAGACCGCGUAUGGGCCCGUGUGCACACAUUCGGUAAAGCAAUGGGCUGCUCUGGAGCCAUCGUUCUGUGCUCUCAGAUCACCCGGUCAUAUCUCGUCAACUACGCCCGUAGCCUCAUCUACACCACCGCCAUGCCGUUCACGUCGCUGGCGGGUAUCCAGACGGCGUACGACUUCAUCGCCAACGGCCACUCCGAGGCCCUCCUCAGCCACCUCUGGUCCCUCGUCGCCCAGACCAACGACCUGCUGCUGACGCUGCUGGACCGGCACCGACCGGAGAGGACCUUGAUGCAUCUGGCCCCGGGCAAGCCGAAGUCCCCCAUCAUACCCCUGUUCACCUCGGACCCGCGCGGUCUCGCGCAGCACUGCCAGCGGCGUGGUUUCAUGAUCCGACCCAUCGUCGCGCCUACGGUGCCGGCGGGAAGUGAGCGGGUCAGGAUCUGUCUCCACGCCGGCAACACCUUUGACGAGAUCGAAGGUCUGGUCUCCGCCAUCGAAGGCUGGCUGGUCGCUCAGCCAAUACACCAAGGGGAACUCUUUGAUCGUGCGCUGAUUGCUCGAUCGGCGGCGCCCAAGUCCCGGCUAUGAGCGUGGUUUGAGGGUAGUAAGUAGCAGGUAGGUUAAGCAUUGGAGAAGUCAAGACGAACACGAUGAAGGGACGCAACGCGGAUAUAGAAACACGGUCACGAGAAAACGACCAACGACAUUACAUACUUUGCAUAAAAAAAAAUAUAGCCUUCCCCUUCGUAAGGGCACACAUUACUACCAUGCCAGCAUGAACUGGCCAGCACACACGACGGCCAUGACAGACAAGAACCCCGAGAGGCCGAAGUCCGCCUUCGUCGCGGAGCUGAACGGCGGCACCGUCGGAGGUGUCGAGUUGGUGCCGUUCCCUUGUCCCAUGCCCUUGCCACCGCCUUUGCCGCCGCCUUUGCC